AUCGUUACAACUCAACGCAGGUGUUUCCUUUCUAUGUGUGACAUAAAAGUUUCGAGAAGUGAAAAGAACUCGUGAUCGUGACGUUUCAGUUCGAAGAAGUCGAUUUAUGUAAUUGCCGAAAUGAAGUUAUACGCAAUUUUAAUCGUCUUAUUAGGACUAUCUUUAGUGGAUUGCGCGAAGAGUAGGGGAUCUAGAUCAUCCGCGAGAAAAAUAACAACCAGAAGACCAAGUCCAUCGAGAAACGUCAACACCACACCUUAUCAUAGAACGAAUAACGUUGCUACUCAAGGUUAUAAUCAUGGAAAUGCUGCAAAUAAAGCUACGACACCUAGAUAUAACAUUCAAACUCACGCUACUGUAAGAAAUUACCCUCAACAAACUUAUAAUCAACCAACUCAAGGUUAUAAUCGACCACAACAAGGUUAUAAUCAACCUGGAUAUAAACCGGGAUAUAAUCAACCAAAUUAUCAUCCCCCAAGCUAUGGCCAACCAGGUUAUCACCCUCAAGGUUACAAUCAACCAGGAUUUCCCGGUUAUGGGGGAUUUCCCGGUGGAGGUCAUCAACCUUGGUAUUAUUCCAAAAAAGAUCACUCCACAAGAAAUUCAGUUUUAGCCGGAUUAGGUGGUUCAGCUUUAGGAUUAUACCUAGGAUAUAAACUAGGAAGUAUUGGAAAUAAUAUAAACAGCCCUUUCCAUAGUAAUUAUCCAGGUUAUCCAAGUUACUCCGUUGUUCAUCAUUACCACCACGGCGAUAAACCAAUUCCAAAAGAAUCUAACCUCGAAUCUAAAGUGGUUUCGAAAUGUGAAAACAUCGGCGAUUUUUGCACGAAUAACACAACACCUUUGUGCCUAACGAACGGAACGAUCUAUUGUAUGGCUCCUUUGGAUACCACGAUAACUUGUAAAAUGAACGAAACCGAAUAUAAAUGUAUAAACUCGUCAAUUUUAGUACCUUGCAACGAUCAGCCUCAAAAUACUUCUUGUACAAACACAACCUCGAUUUCAAUUCCGUGCAUAACGACUAUAAAUAUCUUUGGUGAUUUCGCCACAAACACUUUAAAAAUUCAUAAACUUUCGAAACGUUCCGAAAGCGAAACGAUGACGACAACAGAAGCUAAUAACGUUACAACCGGUGUAGAUGCAAACGUCACAAGUGAAUCAUCGAAUAUUACCACAACAACCAGUGCUCCUAUUAUGGUACGUGACUCACCGGAACCUUCAUCCAGUUUAACUCAUCAAGGAAUCAGCAAUAAAUUUUGCGUAACAAUCAUAGCUGAUCCAGUAAAACCACCGGAAAUUACCAAUAACAUUGAAUACCUUGAAUACUUACAAGCAAACCCAGCAGAAAAAAAACAAGUUGAUGAGAAAGUUGAAGAUUUUUUUUCUAGAAUUGUUAAUUACAUUUUCUAUUAAUAUUAAUCUCAUUUGAAAAAAGGCGAAUUUAAUGAAAUUGUGAUAUUUAGUAUUCUCAUUUUAAUUAUGAUGUUUUUAUUUAUAAUCUCGACCUUGAUUUUUUAAAUGAGCACUGUUAAAAAUAUUUGAAGCGUAAAGCAAAUUCCUGUUGUUAACUACUACUAUUAUUAUUAUUAUUAUUAUUUAGCAAUUUUAAAUUAAAAUCUGUAUUAGUUAUGAAUAAAUACUUAAAUAUAA